AGUUCUUCCUGAAAUCGCAUCCGAAUUUCGAAAUCCAGCAUUGUACUUUCCUCAAGUAGCCGAACAAAUCUCUUUGAGAGUUUCCACUAUUUAUUUACUUUCAUCCCAAAUCCAUCUUCUACGAAUCGCAUUUGACUCGGAAAGAAUCUUCCGCUCAAAGAGAUAGUAAGAGUGAAGAAUAAGGUGAGGUAAGUAAUGGCAGAGUUAGAAAAUUUGCUGCUGGAGGCAGCAGGGAGAACCAGGUCAGCAGGGAGAAACCGGCAUUCAAUUCCACCAUCUAGAAGACGACGUGAGGGUUCAUACUCCGAUGGGGGAAGUGACUCUAGAGACGAUGACUCCGAUGAUGAUCGCGGUUAUGCAAAUAGGAAGCCCUCUGGAUCUCAAGUUCCUUUGAAGAAGAGGUUGGACCCUACUGAAAUGGAUGAUGACCAGGGCAGUGAGGAGGAAGGUGAUGAUGAUCGUGGUUCUGAUCGCGAGGGUGACAGUGAAUCGGAUGUCGGUAGUGAUCUUUACAAGGAUGAUGAUGAUCGGAGAAAGCUUGCAGAGAUGACUGAACUUCAAAGAGAGAUGAUUUUGUUGGAUAGAGCAUCUAAGAAAGAGGAUAAGAAUUUAAAGGAGAAGUUGAGACCAAAGUGGGACAACAAAGGGAAGGCCACACAGUCUAGAAAGGAGACUCCUCUUCCAUCAUCUCGAGUACGCUCAUCUGCUAGAUCUGCCGACAGGGCAGCUGCCAAGGAUGAUGCACUGAAUGAAUUACGAGCCAAACGUUUGAAGCAGCAAGACCCAGAGGCUCACGGUAAAUUACGAGAUGCUUCCAGAGGUGGUUCUGGCAGUCGUAAUUUAUUGCAUAACAAGAGGAAAUCAUAUACUGCAACAAGUCUGAGUAGUUCUAGUCAGAGUGAUAGUGAAAGUGAGUCUCAAAGUGAAGAUGAAGGGUCUACCGGAGAUGGUGGAAUGAUAGACAGUGAUGAUGAAAGGGGGAUUCCAGGGUCUGAGGGGCUUACAUUCGAUGAUAUAAAAGAAGUUACUGUCCGGAGAUCAAAACUUGCAAAGUGGCUUAUGGAACCGUUCUUUGAAGAAUUAAUUGUGGGUUGCUUUGUGAGGGUUGGUAUUGGGAGGUCAAAGUCUGGGCCUAUCUACAGGCUCUGCAUGGUUCGGAAUGUUGACGCAUCAGAACCUGAUCGACAGUACAAACUAGAUAAUAAAAUCACCCAUAAGUAUCUGAAUGUUGUUUGGGGCAAUGAAAAUUCUGCUGCCAGGUGGCAGAUGGCAAUGGUUUCCGACUCUGUACCAAAUGAGGAGGAGUUCAAACAGUGGGUCAGGGAGGUGGAGCGAAGUGGUGGUCGGAUGCCAACCAAACAUGAUAUUUUGGAUAAGAAGGAAUCUAUUAAAAAAAUCAAUACUUUUGUCUACUCAGCAGCUACCGUGAAGCAAAUGUUACAGGAGAAAAAGUCUGCUUCAGCAAGGCCAUUAAACAUUGCACUUGAGAAGGACCGACUGAGGAGGGAGUUGGAAGUUGCACAAAGCAAGAAUGAUGAGGUGGAAGUGGAUAGGAUCAAGACAAGGCUACAGGAAUUAGAAGCAUCCCGAAAGGCAAAGCAGACUGAUGCUAAGGCUAUUAGGUUGGCUGAGAUGAACAGAAAGAACAGGGUUGAGAAUUUCAAAAAUGCAUCUGAACUAAAACCUGUGAAUACGGGUCUGAAAGCUGGGGAGGCUGGUUAUGAUCCAUUUUCAAGAAGAUGGACUAGGUCAAGAAAUUAUUAUGUUGGAAAGCCGGGUGAGGUGAAAGAGGAUUCGGGGGCAAAUGCUGGAAAUAAUGGUGCGUCCACGGAUGCAGAAAAUAAUGGGAGACACGGUAUUGUAGCAGCAGAGGCUGGAAUAGCUGCUACUGAGGCUGCCUUAGAAGCUGCAGCAGAUGCUGGGAAGUUGGUUGAUACAAAUGCACCCGUGGAUCAAGGGACUGUGUCGAAUAUGCUACACAAUUUCGAGCUGCCAAUCUCAUUGUCUGUGCUUCAAAAGUUUGGUGGACCACAGGGAGCUCAGGCAGGAUUCAUGGCGAGAAAACAACGAAUAGAAGCUACGGUAGGAUGUCGAGUCCCAGAGAACGAUGGGAGGAGGCAUGCGCUUACAUUGUCAGUUGGCGACUACAAAAGAAGAAGAGGGCUUCUUUGAAAGGAGGUUUUGUCAAGUGCCAAGGAGCAAUAUCGCAAAGUCUGGGACUAAAGCUGCAACAUUAUUGUGUCCUCAUACGAGUUCUCACGCUUUAUGAGGUAGUGGAUUAUCAAUUAUUGUUUGGCGUUUCUGGAAUUUCAGCCAUCUGAUGUGUCAGUACUGAGACAUACUAGACUUGUAUCUUAAAGCAAUUUAUUAUUAUUCAGUUGGACUUGAGAGAGCACAAUAAAUGCAGCUUUUCGGAUUUGAUGUAUGAAUAAGAUUAAUGCCAGCUUGUGAAGUGCUCUUUUGUAGUGUAUUUUAUCCCCUUUUUACGGGCUACUACAUCUUUAGUUUUUUUACAAAA